GUCACCCCGGAGCCUGAGGGGAGCCCGGCCCGGCCCGGCGGAGAGGCAGACCGAGAGGGGAAGGGAGAAGGCGUCCCCCUGCUGAGGGAGAAGCCCCGCACCAUGAGCCCCGAGGAGAAGCCGCCACCCAGCCGCUCCCGCGAUGACCGGCCGCCGCCGCCACCUCAGCCCGCUCCCGGCCGAGGCCGGCGGCGAGGCGGUUUCCUGACGGAGAUCCGCACGCCCAUCCGCACCGAGCCCUUCCAGGAACGCUACAGCCUCAGCCCCGGCAGGGAGCUCGGCAGGGGAAAAUUUGCAGUGGUGAAGAAGUGUAUCCAGAAAGACACUGAAAGAGAGUUUGCAGCAAAAUUCAUGAGAAAAAGAAGAAAGGGCCAAGACUGUCGCAUGGAAAUAAUCCACGAAAUUGCAGUCCUUGAGCUGGCACAAUGCAACCUUUGGGUCAUUAACUUGCAUGAAGUUUAUGAAACUGCAACAGAGAUGAUUUUAGUCCUGGAAUAUGCUGCUGGAGGUGAAAUCUUUGACCAGUGUGUGGCUGAAAGAGAGGAAGCCUUCAAGGAAAAAGAUGUUAAACGACUUAUGAAGCAGAUCUUAGAAGGAGUUUCAUUCUUGCACAGAAACAAUGUGGUUCAUCUUGACUUAAAGCCCCAAAAUAUUCUACUAACGAGUAAGUCUCCUCUGGGAGACAUUAAGAUAGUAGAUUUUGGCCUUUCCAGAAUAAUGAAGAGCAGUGAGGAACUAAGAGAAAUUAUGGGAACUCCAGAAUAUGUAGCUCCUGAAAUUCUGAGUUAUGACCCAAUCAGUACAGCAACCGACAUGUGGAGCAUUGGAGUACUGGCAUAUGUUAUGCUAACGGGGAUAUCGCCUUUCUUAGGGGAUGAUAAACAAGAAACAUUCUUAAAUAUAUCUCAAAUGAACGUAAGUUACUCUGGAGAAGACUUUGACCUCAUAUCAGAGUCUGCCGUGGAUUUCAUCAAAACUCUGCUGGUUAAGAAACCAGAGGACCGGGCAACUGCUGAAGAAUGUCUUCAACAUCCAUGGUUAGAACAAAGUGAUUAUCCUGCUUGCAGGGCCUGGAAUAAGAGUACAGGAGGGGAGACCAGUGAUGUCACCCAGAAAGACGCAGAUUCUGCCUGUGAAAAAUCAGUAGAUGCUGAGAAGACUGAAGAGGAAGAAUCAAUAGUGACAGAAGAACUAAUUGUAGUGGCUUCAUAUACACUGGGACAAUGUAGGCAGUCAGAAAAAGAAAAAGUAACUGAGCAGAAAGCCAUUUCCAAACGAUUUAAAUUUGAGGAACCAUUACUGCAAGAAAUACCAGGAGAAUUCAUUUACUGAACUGUGUGGAGCUUCAUAGCUAUAACUGGAAGGCAGUGUUUUCUACUAAACAAAAAUAUCCUAGCCAAGUGAAUUUCUGAUAUGCAAUAAAUGUUCUAGAUAAACUAAAAUGUUGAUAAAUGGCAUCCAAGGAAAAUAUGCCAAGUUUUUAAUUUCAUGGAACAGAUAAACAAGAUUUCAAGUGGCUGACAGGAAUUUAACAAAGAUAAAAAGCUUAUUUUUGUUUGUAAUUUUUAUUUCUGUUUUUUGUUGCUUGAUAGCAGAGUUUUUGUUAAUUGUUCCAGGGUUCUGGAGAAGUUGACAGUGACAGAUGUCAAGAGGAGUAUUUUAGGAUGUUUUGGCAUUUAAUGCAAAUAUAUAAUGCUGUGUUUUCCUGAAACACCUUUUAGCACUCCUGACUUCAGUGGAACUAUCUACUGAUCUAAAAAUUGUACGAGAGGAGAAUUUGAUCAACUGGUUUGACAUACAGAUUUCAAAGUUAUACUGUGUGUAUAUGUCUUUGUUUACAUCAAGUCAAAGACCCAGACUCAUCUGGUGUAUAGCCAAACAGUGAGCUGUGCUUCUCUAGGAAGAGAUGCACAUGUCCCACAGGUAAAGAAAUCUGUAUCGGGGAACGAUUCCAGAUCACAGUGGUGAUAUUUCUUUAUUUGGGAGCACAGUAAAAUCCUGCUUUGGGAGCACAGUAAAAUCCUGCUCCAGAGAGUGAUGAAUUUGCUUAAGUCAGUCACUCUUGAGAGAACCAGCAGAGAUCGCUCCCUUCCCCUCCUGUGUUGGGCGAGAUGUGCUAAUAGAAUCCAGCUCAGUGUGACUGCACAGUGUUGAUGAGCGGAAAAAAGAAUGAUAGAGAGUCUGGUGUAGCUCUACUGAAGUUAUUGAAGUUCUAUCCACUGAUGUCACCAUGUUAGAUCAGACAGUUUGUCCAACUAAUGAUAAAUCAGCCCUUGAUUCCACCUCCCCCAGAACCCAGCUGGGGUUUUACUGGGAGCAUGAGGUCAUUUCUGCCUUCUUUCUGUUCCUCUAACUGCUGCUUUAAGGAAGAAAGAAGCAUCCUUAGGCUAAAUUGCAUAACCUUGUUCAAUAUAGCUAUCAGAUGAGGAAGAAGAUACCGCUUCCUCUGAAACAAUGAAGCACAACUCAUACCUCGUGCUUCCCAAUCACUCUCCCUUAGACACUUGGAAAAACAGCAUGUGUACGACAGGGCAGAGUGGGAUCAGGGAGCUGUAUGGAUGGGUCAUAGUUCUCAAUGGACAUGGUCCCUCAGAGGACAAAUGGGACCAACGGGGCAUGAAAAUUGACUGGUUUUUGCAAUGUACAGGUCUGAGGAUCUCGGACUGAGUCCUAGUUUUCUAAGAAAUCUUUCAUAUUGAUGCUGUUCCAAAGUUUAAUUUUUAUGUAAUUGAAGUUUAGUACUAUAUAUUGCAUACUGUUAACUAUUCAACUAUUUAUUUGGUUUCCUUAUGCUGUUCCUUUAUAAUAAACCUUGACAAAAGUUUUCUUGCUAUAAAACAAUGAAUACAAACUCUUAAGCUAGUUUUUCCUUUUUUCCAUGUUGCUACAGACUUUCCUAAUUGCAAAUGUACCGAGAAUGUUCUUACUCUUUUUUUAGUGAACAGGAGUUCAGUGCUAAUCUUACAGUUCCUGCUUCACACGAAAGGUAAAUGGCUUAUUAAUAAUACAAGCAGUACUGGGGUGAUCUGAUUAGCGUUGCUGUAGGGGUGGGAGAAAAAGCACGAGUAAAGAAAACUGAACCAAAAGCAGUGUGACACUGAGUGGGGCAACGAGCAUUUUUCCAUAAGGCUUCAUUGCCAGUUGUCUGGUUGCCUUCACUUGAAGCCACAUCAGAAAAAUUGCACCUAAAUUAAACCGUUCUAUCAGGUUUCUUCCCCUAUGGAAUUACAUAUUGAAUAUUCAUGUAGGUAGGGCAACUUCUCACUCUUUGAAGACCUUCAUAUAAGAAAACAUCCACUAGUACUCAUAAUGGAGUUUGGAUGUGUUUUGUAUUGUAAUGCAGAGAUGCCUUUCAUACUCUGGAGAAAUGAGUCAUUUGCUGGUUUUUUUCCCUCCUGUAGACAGUAACCUACAGACUCCUACUGAGAAGCUACCAUCCAGGAUUUUCUUGGAUAGCUCUGGCUGGCCAUUAGUAGAAGUUAAACAAGAAUCUUUGAGCCAACAGAGUAGUUGUUACCUGGGUGUUUCUGGCGGUGGAUGGGUAGCUGCAUCACUGCAUGUUUGCUGACCCUACCUACAAUGCUGAUCUGUUUCAGACUUCUUAGGCACGACAGUACUCUUCAUGGGCAUCUUUCUUUUACUGUUCAGUCAUUUGCCCAAGACAAUUUGCUUGGGUGAGGGGACAUUAACUUAUGAAAUUCUUUUGUGCAAGAUUACAGUUUCUCCCAGCUUCCAUCACUGCCAUUUUGACUUUUUUUUCACAUCCAUACUUCCUUGCUUUUACGAAGCUGAGCAAAGCACUGAGGUUGAAGCAUGCUCACAUCCCACCUUGCAAAACAACAUUGUCAUACCUGCCUACCUAAAUGUGUAAUAGCUUAUGAAUGCCCAUAGCAAAUCAUUUGAGGGACAUAUACCUGUUUCAAUUCCUAUUUAUAACCACAGAUCAUGUCUCAGAUGGGACUGGUACUAAUGAAAAAGGGUAGAUGCUGAGCAGCAUACAUUUUGUCCUAUAUUUACUGUUUUUAAUAUAUGACAAUGAAGCUUAACAUGUAUAAAUGAACUAUGUACUUAUUACAAGGCCAGCUUCUCUUGAAUUGGCUGCUUUGAGAUUUCCAGUGGGCUGCAUUUCUGUUUAACUUUUCGUGCCUUAAGGUGGUUUUGUACAGUGUUUUUAACAUCAUUAAGAAUUUGUAUAAAGUUGUGAAAGUUUAAUAGUAUAAGUUAUAAACAAGGCAUCUUAGAUUGGAAAAAUUUUCUAUAACAUUUAACUGCAGGACUAUCAGCCAGUCCCACACACUUGAAGCUAUUUCUGUUCCACUCUAAGUGUGGGUAAAGCUGUAAAUGAGGUAUUCUUACCCUAUGCUGUAGAAAGGGGCUAUUGAGGUUAAUGUUUUUGAGAGGCUUAGUUACUAGUGAAGUAACACAUUAAGACUGGGAACAAAUCACUAGCUUGUGAAGAAGAGCUGGUUUUCUGCAGCUCCAUGAAUACAGAGGACUGCAUAUACAUAUGCAGUUCAUCUGAAAAAAGUUGCUUAUGCCUUCACGUGUUUGUGGGGAAGGGGACGGUUGCGGAGAAAGAAUCAACUCCUUGUCCCUAGUGGGCAAUGCUCUCUGUCCCCACUCUCCAGACUGGGCACCUGCUGGCUGCCUUUGUAAUGCUGGGAGCAUGGCUGCUGUUUGCUUGAAUGCAGGAAGCUGAAAGGAAUGAAAGUGCAGAUGUUCUUAGAAAUUGCUGGAGAAUUGUUAUUUCUAUGGUUCUGAUGUAA